ACCUGUGCUCUCGCCAGCCAACGGUAGGUAAAGGAAUAGGCCAAUCAAUCAAGUACGGAAAGAGGAGAGGGAUCUGAGAAGAGAGAAAAGAAAGUGCAUAGAGAAGCAUUUCAAGCAAAUCCUACAACUUUAACUGACUGAUGAAAUGCAACGGUGCCUCAAGUUGUCUUGCAUUUAUUUAUUGUCCUUUUUUUUUCCCGAACAGAUUAUUCGAUGGAAGGUUUGGUGCAUUCACAAAUUAACCCUAUUCCUGCUACUUGUAGACGAUAUCGCUCUCGUUUUGUUCCAGCACUUUCCUUGCAGCUUAAAAAUAACGUGAUUAGCGGUGGAAUUUUGCUUAUGAAAUCUCCUCACUAUUGCAAUUCAAUCACUGCUUCAGCUCAACCUUUAAAAGCCUCCUCACUGAGUCACUUCAACAAUACAUUGCCAUCCAAAGAGGUUCUUGAGCUUUGGAGAAGUGCCGAUGCAGUAUGCUUUGAUGUGGAUAGCACGGUAUGUCUAGAUGAGGGCAUUGAUGAGCUUGCAGAGUUUUGUGGAGCUGGAAAGGCUGUUGCAGAAUGGACUGCUAAAGCAAUGGGUGGUUCUGUUCCAUUUGAGGAGGCCUUGGCAGCCAGACUAUCUCUGUUCAAACCUUCCCUAUCUCAGGUCCAAGAUUUUCUUGAGAAGAAUCCCCCAAAGAUCUCUCCUGGCAUAGAUGAGUUGGUCAAGAAGCUGAAGGCUAAAAAUACCAAUGUUUAUUUGAUCUCAGGAGGCUUUCGUCAAAUGAUCAAUCCUGUUGCCUCUAUACUUGGGAUUCCACCUGAAAAUAUAUUUGCCAAUCAAUUGCUCUUUGGAAGUUCAGGGGAAUUUCUGGGGUUUGAUGCAAAUGAACCAACUUCAAGAAGUGGAGGAAAAGCAACUGCAGUGCAGCAAAUAAGGAAGGUUCAUGGAUACAAGGCUCUCGUUAUGAUUGGGGAUGGUGCAACUGAUCUUGAGGCUCGAAAGCCAGGAGGUGCUGACAUGUUCAUUUGCUAUGCGGGUGUUCAACUUCGAGAGGCAGUAGCAGCAAAAGCAGAUUGGCUGGUUUUUAGUUUUACAGAUCUGAUAAGUUCCUUGGAAUAGAUUUUAAACUUCUGAAUUACAAUAUAUUGCUAUAUUUCUUUUUCA